UUAUUUUAACUUCGGUAACCUCAUACCUAGCUACGGCUAUGGCCAUCUUGCAUAAAAUAUAAAAUUGGCUAUGCGUUAACAAAAAUCCACUACACGUUGCAUUUUUUAAAUACCCGUUUGUAACAGUCACGUGAUGAGUUCUACGCUUUCACUGGUUAUUGAGGCUACGCGGUGUGUCCAUUCGUUUUGGCCGCGAUGGCUUGCCAUACACGUUCGCAGCAACAGCUUUGGAAUUGAGCAUGCGCAUUAGAAAGCAGAGACAGUCAAAACUGGCGCCAUUUCGGAUUCCCCGCAGUGUCAGCAUUGCACAGAACAUAGCGCUCGAAGAGCCAACAUGGCGAACUGUGGUAUCCGGCUUCAUAACCUCGUCGAUCCUGCCCUUGCAUGCUGGGGUUAGUGCUUCUGCAGCCAAUAACACGCAAUGGUUUCACCAGGCCCGCCUUCUGCUAGUAACGCUCUCAUUUCAGUACAGGAAAUAGAAAGGGUUUGUUAUGUUUACGUGGAGGGAGGUGGCUGCAGUCACUGAUUAUUUUACAACAGUUUGUCUCCUGCUUUUUAAAGUAUUUAGGUUGGGUUGAAAUGUUUUCUGAUAAUUUUUGAUUUUUGUGUUUGUUUAUUACCUGCACGGAGUUCCGGGAAGAGGAUUCCGCUAGACCAGUCUGAAACUAAACCAGUGAAGAUGGACGUCAGUGUGUCCGUGUCGUUCUUUCAAGACGAGCUCGCCUCUACCAUCGAGCACGCAGUGAAAGCGGCUGUAGACACCGUCUUGUGUGCGAUUACUAAAGUUGUCGGCAGCAAAUUCACUGAAUUCCAAAUGGAAAUGGCUGGAAAGGAGAAAGAGAAUGAAAGUCUGAAGCUGAGAUUGGAAAUAUCAGAGAGCGAGUUGAAAGCUGUGCGAGGGUGUAUAAACGCUGCAGAUGCAGACAUUAAACAACCUCUAAUAUUUCAAGAUCCCAAAGAGGGCCACGCUAUCCCUGAAUCUGAAGCACAGGAGGGGCCAAAGAUGGAAGCAGUUUACACACAAGAGGAGUCCUUUGAGCAGGAGUGGUGUGCAAGUCUAAUGCAGGUUACAGAGCUGGCAUUUGUUAAAGAUGAACAACAGGAAUGUGUUCCUAUUAAAGAGGAAUUCAUAGAGCAGGAAUGUGUCCCCAUCACAGAGGAACUUCCUAAUGAAAAUAAUGUCUGUACACUUGAGGAGAACAAGAAACUGGGAUCCAGCCUGUGUGAUGAUCCUCCAUCUGAAUGUGAACUGGGAUUUAGAGCUUCUACAGUAGAUGAAGGAGAACACGACUCCACUCUAUCACCCCAGUGGAAAAACUCUUCUAGAGGCAAACCACAGUGCAAGAAGCACAGAGAAACAACACCCCGAGAAGAAAAUGUGAAGACAUUGAGAACUCACUCAGUUAAAAUUCCUUCUUUACAAGACAGACACCCACUUACUGUGGAGAGUACAGAGACAGCACAUUCUGUAUGUUUUAACAAUUCUGAAAUCCAGGGCAACUUGAAUACCUUGCCUCAUUCUGUUAAAGGUGGGAAGAGUUCCUGUCAAUUAGACGUUCCUGAAACUCACAAGGGAAAUCCCACAGGAGGGACUACGUUUUCCUGGGCUGAUUGUGGGAAGAGUUUCAAUCAUAUAUCACUGCUUAAAAGACACCAGCGCAUUCACACGGGAGAGAGACCUUCCCACAUACAGUACAGUGAUAAGAGUUUCACACAGUUAGGAAAUCUUCAUUCACACCAGCGCAUUCACAUAGGAGAGAAAUCUUAUCACUGCCCUGAUUGUGGGAAGAGAUUCAGUCACUUAGGAAACCUUAAAGUCCACCAACGCAUUCACACAGGAGACAAACCUUAUCACUGCACUGUUUGUGGGAAGAGAUUCAGUCACUUAGGAAACCUUAAAAAACACAAGCGCAUUCACACAGGAGAGAAACCUUAUCAUUGUGCUGUUUGUGGGAAGAGAUUCAGCCAGUUAGGAAACCUUAAAAGACACCAUAAAAUUCACACAGGUGUGUAAUCCUAUCCCUGCACUUGAUGUGUGAAGAAGUGAAGUCAGUUGCUGGCUCUUACGGGACUCGAGAGCAUUCUCAGAAUUGCAGACACUUGGGGACACCUAAAGAACAGGAGUGCAUUUGACUAAAUACAGAAAUAUUUACUGAAAACCAAAAGAAUAAACUUGCUUGAUAAAUAGGGUCACCCCCUAAUCACAAUUUAUUCAGAUCAAAAACUCACAGAAAAAAUAUGAACGACUACAUCUUGUAUUCAUCGUUGUUGAGCAUUCGGAUUGUGUUACGUCACAUUAGUAAUAUAUUAAAUAGAUUGUUAUUAUGUACUCCAAGUUUGUCUUUCUUUUCUCAUGCAUUGCUCAGCCUCUUGCAGUGUGAUCUGUGGAAACUUUUCCGAUACCGUGGUGAAUCUGCGGUACCUCAGUUAUCAUGCGGGCAGCUUGAAGUGUAAAAUCAAUACUGCUUCCAGCAGGGUGCGCCAGAGAGCUUUUAGGACUUUAAUGGGCUGCAUAGCAUUGCUUCUUAACAAGAUGAUUUCUGCUCAGAUGUGUUUAAUACUCCCCUCUCUCUCUUGGGUACUCUUAACAAACGUAGGCGACUUGUGUUUUUAAUACCAAUUUGCUGAUUGGCAAUAAGACAACUAAAGUAAAAAAAAUAUAUAUAUUAAAAAUGUUUUGCUGCCUGUUUUAAGUGCUAUUUUAAAUGUAUUGUUGUCAAUCAGUAUAAUUUUUAAAAUGCAGUAAUAAAUAUCUUAGAUGUC